AUGGAGUUUGCUACUACCAAACCCCUUAAACCCUCCUCGAACAUAUCUGAUAUUGUCUCCAAGUUUGCCAAAGUUUGCAAGUUGAGAUCCAUUGGUGUGUUUACCUCUGAAAACCAAGAUCACCAUCACCAGCAUCCCAACAACCCCAACAACAUUAGUGCCCCUUUUGGUGAAGAUGGAAGUGAUGUGACCGAGGAUACAGAGCGUGAUGGCGUAAAAAUCCAUCCCCAGCCCAUGGAAGUUACGAGAACAAGCAGUAUGUGUGGGGAUGCCGAGUUAUCCAAGUUGUUUGACAUUGUGUCAGCUCUGAAAUUAGCUUAUAUCCAGCUUCAGGAAGCUCAUGUACCCUAUAACCCGAAAAAGAUUGUAGCUGCAGAUAAACAUUUUAUGGCUGAGCUUGAAUCUCUCUGCAAGAUUAAGCGUGUGUAUAAGGAGACGCAAUGUGUGAAGCCCAAGUCUGAUUCAUCUCAUUCCGCUAUCCUGAGGAAGAAGGUUGAACUGAAUGAGAAGCUGCUGGAAGAGUUGAAGUUUCAAACGGAAGUUAAGAACUCUGAUAUAAUCUGCCUGCAACAAGAGCUCAGAGAUUUGGACUUGGUGAAUGUGACACUGGCUGAGAAUGUAAGGCAGAUAAGUUUGCAAAGGAAGAAUGCACGGGUUUUGAACAUUACUACAUUUCAGGAUGCUUACAGAGCUGCGUCAAAAUCCAUUCAUGAUUUUGCAAAGCCUUUAAUUAGCUUGAUGAAAGCUUCAGGCUGGGAUUUGGAUCUUGCGGCAAAGGCAGUGGAAGUGGAAGCUGCAUAUUCAAAAAGGUCCCACAAGAAGUACGCAUUUGAAGCCUACAUUGCAAGGAGAAUGUUUUAUGGGAUGUCAUUGAAUGCUUAUAAUGUGGAUGGUAUUAUGAGAUAUGAUGACCCAAUGGAUGCCCUGAUAGAGAACCCAGAUUCAGAUUUUGCCAGAUUCUGCGGAGAAAAGUAUCUACUAGUUGUUCAUCCAAUGAUGGAAUCAUGGUUUUUUGGGCAUCUGGAUCACAGGACACUUGUAUUGAGUGGCAAGCAUCCAAGGACUUCGUUCUAUCAAAUAUUUGUGAGAAUGGCAAUGUGGGUUUGGGUUUUACAUGGCAUUGCACCUUCGAUAGAUUCUGAAGCAAAAAUAUUUGCUGUCAAAAGAGGAAGCAAAUUCUCAGAUGCUUAUAUGGAAUCUGUGGAGGAAGAUGGCAAAGGUGCAGCUGUCUUGGAUGAAGGACAAGUCGAGUUUAUGGUCAUGCCUGGAUUUAGAAUUGGAGAGACAAUUGUGAGGUCUCGCGUGUAUGUUUCAAAACCAAAAAUGUAA